AUGCUUUCCUGGGUGUACCCCCUGCGAAUCGUGCAGGCAGUCCUGUCCCUGGCCACCAUCGGCCUGACUGCAUAUGAAAUCGCCUCUCUCUACGACGAAUGGUCCUACUCAAACGUCGUCUACUUCAUGCUCUUCAACGGCUGCUGGACAACCGGCAUCGCAGUCCCCUAUCUAGGCCUGGCACCGCUUGCCUUCCCUCGGUUUUCCCAUGAAAUCGCCAUUCCCCUCAUGGAGCUGCUCACCGGCGGUCUCUGGCUCAGUGGCUGGAUUGCCCUUGCUGCUCUCAUUCCCUCGCCGAGCGCGUGCACCUACACCAGCUGCCACGCUCUGCAGGCCUUGAUCGUUGUCGGUGCCGUGCAAUGGGCUACGUUCGCUAUUACCAACACCUUCGCCGUCAUGGACCUGUUCAACUCGCGCCGCAACGCAAAGAACCACCGCAAUGAACCUGCUCCCGAGAUGGCUGCUGCUGAUUCCACUGCCAAUGGUACCACAACCACCGAUUCGGCUGUUUAA